UAACGAUAACUGAAUAUGACCCUACAGUGGACUUUAAUUGCGGGAUUUCUUUAUGCUGAAAUUGUUAUAGUAUUGCUAUUAAUUUUGCCAAUAAUUUCUGCAACUAGAUGGCAAAAAGUUUUUAAAUCUCGAUUUCUACAAGGUUUAGGCAAUCAAGCAUCAUUUUAUUUUUUAGUAUUACUUGCAGUAUUAGUUAUAUUCCUAUUGGAUGCUAUUAGAGAAAUACGGAAAUAUUCUACAGUUGGAAAGUAUGCAGCACAUGCUCCUUUGGAUUCUGAAGUACAAGGUAAUAUGAGAUUGUUUCGGGCACAAAGAAACUUGUAUAUAUCUGGUUUUGCAUUGUUUUUAAGCUUUAUUAUAAAGCGUCUUGUAAUCUUAAUUUCUGCACAAGCUACAUUACUAGCACAAAGUGAAGCAGCUAUGCGACAAGCUUAUUCUCUUACUACCACAGUAGAAAGUUUAUCACAGAAAACAAUUGGAGAAAGUACACAGAAUGAUUCAAAUGAAGCUCAUGAUAAAGCACUAUUGGAGUUAAAAAACCAAAUUAAAAAGUUACAAAUAGAAAAUAAAGAAUUAGAACAUCAACUUACAAAAGAAAAGGAAGACUUGGAAGCUAUAAAAUUUCAAGCUCAAUCCCUUGCUAAGGAAUAUGAUCGCUUAACUGAUGAAGAUCUGACCGAAAGUCUUAAGUCAAGUGGUGAUAAGAAAAGUGAUUAA